UUAUUCUAUAAUGAAUUUUGGUCAAAUGUAUUGACUUUAUGCGCGGCGUAUUUGUUUACUAAUGAUACAGUACAUGUAGAAUUUACGAGGUACACAACGCGCAUGUGCAGUGCAGGUGUGAGAAAACAGCCUCACUGGAUAUGGAGAAAUAUUCUGGUUUAUAUGUGGAGUCCGACGCCACCAAACAUCAGGAGAGGCAUUAUUACCUCCUGGCUGAACUUCAAACCCUGGCCAAAGACUUACCAAGCUGGUUUCAGCAGAGAUUGGCGUACACCACACUGAGCGAUUUGGCCCAGACGCUGAUCGACGGCACCGUGUACGAGAUCGUCCAGGGUCUGCUGGAUAUCCAACAUCUGACUGAGAAAAACCUCUACAACCAACGGCAGAAGUUACACAGCGAGCACAGAAUUCUGAAGCAUGAGCUGACGAGGAAACACCAACAGGCUCUGCAGAACUGCAACCAGCACAAUCUGACCGUGCUUAAAGCCAACCAGCGAUCAGAAACUGAGGCUCUGGAGCAGCGGGUGAAAGACGAGCAGCGGAUGAUGGAUGAGAAGAUUGUAGCCGAGAUGGAUCAGAAGGUCCUGGACCAACAGACCACGCUGGAGAAAGCUGGUGUCCCCGGGUUCUACGUUACCAACAUCCCACAGGAAGUGACGAUGCAGAUGAACCUACUGGAGCUGAUCCUGAAGUUACAGCAGAAAGAGACUCAGUCAGGAACCCUGCCUUAGGAGAGAUCAGCAGUCAUCCAUCCAAUAAUAUCCAUGUUAUGUUUUCAUUUAUAAACCUACUACAAGUGCAAUUCCAAGAAAAGUUGGGACAGUAGAGAUAAAAAUGUAAAUAAAAGCAGGCAGUAAUGAUUUGUGAAUGCUUUUGGUCCUGCACGAAUGGAAAAAUAGUGUAAAGACAAACUCCAAUUUUGCACUUAUCACAUUAUUUGGUUUAUACUGUAUAUUUUUUAUAAAGUAUUGGGACUUCUUGACUUUUUUUCCUUGUUGUGUUGUUGAUAUAAUUGAAAGUUUUUCCUAUCAGUCACUUGAUCCCCCAUAAUGUUAACAUGAAGCAUUUUUCUUUUGAAAUCUAUUGAUAUCACUUUGUCAAAUACA